UUUCCGCCUCUUUGUUUUAAACUCCAGCCGGAAUUUUUUUCCUCCUCAUUUUUCUCUGUUCUUUUUUCAACUAAGGGGGGACUCAUUAGGAGCCCGAGACCCCCCUCCAGAUCACCUGCCCCUCACAGGGGGGGUUCGUGCACCCGCAGAUUCCGUCCCCCCCACGGUUUUCCCAGUUGCACACAUACACAUACAUACAGCAAGGCUUCUCCUGCCUUGUGUGUCUGUGCUCUGCCCGCUGGAGAAACCCCCCUCCAUCAACCAGCAGCGGCUUCAUCUCCAGAGACACUGCAAGUACAGCAGCAGCAACCUCCAACAAUAGGAAUUACAGCAGCAGCAGACACCAAAGAUGCUUACAAGAAAGAUAAAGCUCUGGGAUAUCAACGCCCAUAUUACAUGUCGAUUGUGCAAUGGAUACCUUAUCGAUGCUACUACUGUAACAGAAUGCUUGCACACAUUUUGUAGAAGUUGCUUGGUGAAAUAUUUGGAAGAGAAUAACACUUGUCCCACAUGUAGAAUCGUCAUCCACCAGAGCCAUCCUCUACAAUACAUAGGCCAUGACCGAACAAUGCAAGAUAUUGUUUACAAACUUGUGCCAGGACUCCAAGAAGCGGAAAUUCGCAAACAGAGGGAGUUUUAUCACAAACUUGGCAUGGAAGUACCUGGAGAUAUCAAAGCUGAAACAUGUAUGGCAAAGCAGCAUGUAGAAGCCGUACGCAAUGGAGAAACAAAAACAGAAGAAAACACGACGAAAGACACAACGGAAGAAAAACAGGAAGAAGACCAUGAUUAUCACAGAAGUGACGAACAGGUGAGCAUUUGCUUAGAAUGCAAUAGCAGCAAAUUGCGUGGACUCAAGCGAAAAUGGAUACGUUGCUCAGCACAAGCCACAGUCUUACAUCUAAAGAAGUUCAUAGCCAAAAAACUUAAUCUAUCAUCUUUCAACGAGUUGGACAUAUUAUGCAAUGAAGAAAUUCUCGGCAAGGACCAUACACUUAAGUUUGUUGUUGUCACACGAUGGAGAUUUAAGAAAGCACCACUCCUUCUGCAUUACAGACCGAAAAUGGACUUGCUGUAAAAGAACUUCAUUGUCCUGUUUGGACAAAGUUUUUGCAGAGACUAUCAUGGGCACCACCACAGUGCACCACGCAGCUCACAUCAUGUGAGAACCAGCGGAUUCAAGCCAGAAGAUUGUAGCGCACUCACAGAAGACCCUCUUAAAAUCCUUUUCCUUACGCAACACAAUUGCCAGAAAUCUGGACAGGAAAAUAUUUAUACUUUUGUACAAAAAAAAAUAAUUUUUCAAAACUCAAGACACUACCAGCAUGACGUUUACAGUUAUCGAAAACACUUUUCAUAAAUUCAUGCCUUUGCUGCAAAUUACAUCCAAGUUGGUUUUGAGAUGUAUUAUUUGUCAUAUAUGGAUAUAUCAGUCUACCUAUGUAUAUGUAUAUAUGUGUAUAUGUACAUAUAUGUAGAUAGAUGUAUAUAGAGAGAAAUAUAUAAAUAUAUGUAUAAAUAUUAAAUAAAUGGAGGGGAAUCGACAACAAAUGACCUUAGGCUACAUUAUAGUUGUUAAAGGUGUAUCAUUUAUAACUAAAGCCCAUUUUCAAAUGUUUUGUUUCUAUUUGAACAGAAAAUACAAAUAUGAUCCUGACUAAUCAAUAUCAGACCUUUGAGCCAUCAUGUGUUAUAAACAAACGUUUGUGCUAUUCCCAGCUUUUCUUGGGGCAAAACUGUUAGUCUGGAGAAAAACAAACUUUCAGACCUCUGGAGCUCUAUUGACAUAGUGCACUUUUUAUCUUUGCUGCAAUAUUCACAUUUGUCCCUUAUGUUGCACAAGGACCACUUGAUAACAGACCUUUUACUGUAAAUGUUAGCAGUUAUAUCUACUGGAGGGGUCUCAUAAUGGCGGCAAAUUGAUGUCAUUAUCGAAGACUUUGUUAUACAUUUUAAGGCUCAUGAUACUUAACCUGAAAAAAAUCAUGCUGUUUGAGAUCUUAAUCGCUCUUGGUGCUAAGAUUAUCAUGUACAUCUUUUUGAUUUUUGACAGGUUAUAUUUAUACCAUUAUAGGCAAGGUAGAGUGAACCAUUUAACCACAGUAUUGUGAAUAAAUAAAACGCAACCAGAUGGAUUGCAAGAAUUGUGUUUUGCGGCUCUUAACUGAUAGAGUGUAACUGGGCCAGGAGACAUAAAUAAUGGAUGGAAAUAACUUUAAAAAAAAAAAAUGCUUGUAUUCUUAAAACAAUUUACAAAUCUGCAAUUUUCUUUGGGAUCACUUGAAUUUGCUAUGGUGCUACAUUAAUACUGUGUGUGUGUGUCAGUCAGGUGGCCUUCGUAUUAUGCCUCUGGCACCAAAAGGUGUGAUCUCAUUUUGACUGGCAUUUGUAAGAGGCCAUCUUUUCGUACCAGCUUAAAAAUGGUUUAUAUUGUCUAUUCCGAAGUAUCUGUUUCAAAACAACAAACCUUAAUUAAGCCAGUGUUCACUAAAACAACUGGUCUUUCACUAUGAAAACUGUAUAACUCUGCCUUUUACAAUAUUUUAACUUG